UAGAACCAUCAUUUCAAGUCCUUCCAAGGUUGAUCGUUCAACUUUCAUUCUUUCAUCGAGUUAUUGUAUAUUAAUACCUGAGCUGUACAUGAAAACCGUCACAUAUUACGUGUCAUCAUCAUCGAGGAGGACGAAUUUCGCUCGCGCUGGGCCUGACAAGCGAUGGUCAAUGAUGGGUCUUCCCGAGGUCAAUGUCCAGGACUACUACCAGCGACUCAUCGAUCGUCAUUUGAUACCCGGCUCACAAACAAGCCAAGAUCCUAGCCCGAUUUCCCUGCGUCCUCGUUGCCCAAUCUGCUCGCACCGUCUGAUGGCGUGCAGUAGUUGUUCUGUCGUCACCUGCGGUGCUAAUCCUCGAUGUGCGGGUGGUGACCUCGUCCCCAUGUUGUCCUGUUGCUCCUACGAUAAAAUGAUGUUCUGCACGGACUGCGUCACGGAGAACUACUCAGGUUUACUUAGCGAGUGUGUACUCUGCGAAGCCAACUAUUGCUCAAGGCUCAUGACGAAAUUCACUACUGCCGUAUGGAAGAAGUGUGAUGAGCGCAGCUGGGAGCCUCACGAGCACGAUGACCAAGGCGUUUGUCUUCAUUGCAUUGAAUCCAUUCACGGUCAUGUAGCUUGUCCUUGCGGACGGACGUGGGUUUGUGGCGUAUGUGCUCAGAAGAAGGAACAGAAGAGUGGCCGACGCUGUCCGAGAUGUCAAACGUUUUAUUGCUUCUAUUGGUGCGAGUACAUGAACAUUUGCGCCAUGUGUCAAAAGGCGACGCUAUGCAGCGAUUGCAUGGAAGAAGAUAUGUCCGGCGAGGAAGGGUCUUCGCUGACCACGCACGAGGAAGGAUCUUCACGGGCAAACAAGGGUGUAGUUCUUGUGGAGACGUGCGAAAAAUGCCGGCUCGGCAUCUGCUCGGACUGCGCUACAGAAUAUGUUUUUGACUUAACUUGUGGAGCCUGUGAAAAUAUUCAUUGCCAGGAUUGCGGGGGCGAUGAGCGGUGUACGGGUUGUGGGGUCCCAUUGUGCCUGAAUUGCAUAGAGACGAACUCCCAGUGUCCGUGCGGCACGGAGAUUCAGGAUAGUGAGGAUGAAUCCUCUUCAGAGAGCUCAGACUAAAACAUCUUUAACGAGCCCAGUGACGCACUACUUCAUACUUAGUAAGUAGGACUAUAUCAAACGCAAGGCUUGGGCUUGAAGCUUGAUCAUGAGCCCGUCUACGAGUGGCGUCGAAUAUACGUGUCGUUGUGCUUGGCUUGGGUUUGAGUUCAUGCUACAAGUUCCUCGACAAAAUAUGUUUCCCUCGUGGACACAACUAAGUACGAGGAUUCUCAGUGCGGGGG